ACGCGACUAGAGGGCGGUGAAUUUUCAGCAACAUGGCCGUCUAACAACCGACACCCCGUGCAAGUCUCCCUUAAGUUGACCCGCUGGAUUUCGUGGAAACAAAACGGUCCGAUCGUUCAAGCCGACUGCAACCCGGAUCUCCUUGGAGCGAAUAUAUCUCGCGAUCGUAGAAGAGUAGUAAAAGUGGAAGAAGAAGCAGUCAAACUGGCGCCGUUCAAGUUUCCCUUCUCGAAGAUGUCCAAGUCGCGCAGCAGUGACGAAAAGGACCGGGAGAAGGACAAAGACAAGGACGCAGACGUGGAAGUGGACAAGGAGAAGCACGGGCACAAGUACAGCGAGACAGAGGAUGACGGGAACGCGCGGGCGGAGAGGGAAGAGCGGAUAGAGGAAGAGGAAGAGGAUAACGCCAGGGGGCAAAACGUUCAGCUACCGAUGAAUCGGCUGCAAUUGACCGCCGAAACUGAAUCCAAUUUAAAGUUGUCGAUAUUCGAUUCCAACAGCCUGAUGGUUAAGAACGAACAAGCCAUACCGAGCUCCCCGCCUCCCUCCUACGAGCACGUUAUCGAACAGAAGCAUAAAAGCUUAAUAGUGACAUAUUUAAUAUUCGUUGAAUUCUUUACGCAGAGCUGCUAUUUCGACUGCGAGUACGAUAAGAACGAGAGUGAUGGUGGACUAGGCGCUGGAACGCCGGUGUUCAUUUCGGAGGUAAUGCAAGGUACCGCUUGCGUGCUGCUAUAAGCCAGCGGAAGCGAGCAGACGGUCUUCCGGUUCCCGCGUCCGGAGACCAGCGAUUUACGUGAUUGCGCACAAAACUAUAUGAAUCAGCACAGAACGCAUUUAUUGACCCUGGAUCUCUGACGCUACGCUACGCCACGACGCAGGGGUUCCACCGGAUAUUCAAAGGCUUUUUUGUACGCACGAUGUGAAAUUUUUGUUCAAAUUUGAGAGCUUCGGGCGGUCUGAAGGAUAUUAGGAAAGUUUUAAAAUCGUGGAGCGACUUUAAUGGAGGACGAAUGGAUGUCAGCGAAUUUUAUGGUUCGUCAGAAAUAUUGUCGUUAAUAACAAUUGUAUUAACGGGUAGGCAAUUAACGAGAUUGGGGAAGGAUUUCAACUUUCGAAUUGUGCUAUUCUACUCGUUGCAUUUUCACCUCGAUUGGCAAACGCUCAGCCGACUUGUACAACAAAUAUGUAAUUGACAAUCUCGCUGUUGAGAUUAUACCGAAACAUUGAUUCGUCUUUAUCGAACGCAGCACUUCAACUGUGUUUACUCGUACAUACGAUUGUACAUUAUUUAAUCUCCCCAGAUUCUUACAGUUAACGCGACAUCAGUUGGAUUAAUCUGGACCAAUUUACUUGAAACGAGAAAUAACGAGAUCCGAGCGAUCAGUUUUAGUCACAUUUAUUUUUACAUUUUCCUCUGGGGAAAUUACAUACAUAUAGUGGAUGGACGUUAGCGUAAACGUUAGCUAUGUUGUAAUGAAGUUGUAUAAAUAAUCGGCAUGCUAUCUCGGAAUCUCGGUACUAAAUAUUGUAAAUGACCAGUUUUUCCUCCGCUAGAUCGACUCGCGAAUUUUUUAGCUCGAGGAAUGAGACUCUGUUCGAUAGGUACGACACCGAGCAAUAAUCUUCUCCGGUUUUCCAUAGACUGCGUAGAAAGUAUUCUUUAUACAACUUACUUUUCCAAUGUAAUACAAAACUCUACACUUUUAAACAACGAUAAGCAGGCCUAUCGUUCGAUUUACACUUUAUUAUUCCAUGCGUACGGUUAAAGGAAAUAAGUAUUAAAUAAGCACUCAUCUGGUAUCUAAGAAACAUACAAAUAUAAUAAUAAGAACCAUAAUCGGCGCAACUAUUAUUGAUUACGAAAUAAUGAUUCUAUUCAUAUUAACUUUUCAUGUAGAACAGGACGGAGCCAAAUAUUGAAGUACCGACGACUUCCGGUGACGCUUUCCAUUUCCGAGUUUCGGAGGAACAAUUGUUAGGUCAGCUUCUAUGCUGGAAAAAAGAAUAGUAAGUAUUCCCAGAGGAAGUGCCGGCUAAACGUGUUCUCAUUCCUCGAGAACGGUACAAGAAAAGCGAUCGAUCAAGUGCAUAGCUACAUAAAUCUAUAGUUAACGAAUUGUAAUUUAUAUGGAUUUCCGAGGAAAUCGAAAACUCAUGAAACACAUGAAAGUAUUCUAGAUUGAGAAUAGGUCGAAUACGUAUAUUCAAUACCGUCUCAUUUGCUGUGUAUUUCGUAUUCGCAACACGUUUAUUGUCCCUGUCGACUGUUUCAUUGCUAAUUACGUCAGCUUUCGUUGGAUAGAUAAUAAUCGAAAUGCCGUAAACAGACUGCGGAUUUUUAUGCAAAAUAAAACGUAUAUGGUAGUCAAUUAAAAAGAUGCAUUCCAGAUUGCAAUACGUACUCAUAUUUAUUACUUUACAUAGUUUUAUGCAUCGUAUGCAUUUAUAAACAUUUUUUAAAUGUAUGAAAUCCGGAGUCUAGCCAUAAGAAAUGCAGUAUAAUAAUAUUCUUGAGACAUUUCUGUUACUGUUAAAUUAGUUUUUUUAUUCAAAUUCAAUGAAAAAAUUAACAGUCCUAGUUUCAUUUUCUUAUCUUAUUGUUGCGAUAACACAGUUAAUCUAGCGAUACAACGUCGUUUGUAUUGGAUUCUUUAUCGCAAAUCCAAUUUUACGGACGUCCUCGAUUUUUCAAAAUGGUACGACCAUUGUAUUCUCUCGAGGAUUCAACUUUCGCGUCCCGCUGCAAUUCAGCAGCGAGGGAGAACGGAGAAGAGAGGAGGAUAUGGAAAAAGAAAAAUACGCGUCGAUCGUCCAAGACGGACAUCGAUCGAGUCAAUCUUUGAAACAUAAUACAGUACCUGCCUAUACACUUUGUCUUUUUCAAGAGAUACUGUUGUUCAAGAAUACGAGUUCUCUUGUAUAUCGUACGUUACCUCGCGCCGAAAAGAAGGAGAACACGAACAAUAUUUCAAGUCCGCGUGAAUAGUUGAUCGAUCCCUCCUGCCGUCUAGAUAUUACCAAGGCUGUUUUUUCUAUCAAUAAGGAACAUCUUUUUGUACUCGAUACACGAUUACUCGAACCUUUUAUUUCUAUUGUGCGAGAACACCUCGAUGACGAGCAAAUUUUUUACGUCAAUAAAAGAAUUCCAAUAUUAAAGUCGUGAUUUACGUAUUCGUAUUUAUAAAAGAAAACAAAAUUAUAUAUUACUUUCCACAUAUAUACGAUUUAUCUCAAAUUGUCGCUAAUAAUCUUACAGUCAAUGCGACAUUAAAUUCGAAUUAAAAA